GACCACCAUUUUCUCCUGCUGUCUGAGAUAGUUGGUGCCAGAGAGACUGAAGAAGAAGACCGAACAAACAAAGAUGUUAGAAGGAAGCAAGUUCUGUUGUAUCCGUAUGCAUUCACAGGUAGGGGAGGGAUACAUAAUCUGACAUGGGAUGGUUUGUGGAGGCAGACAACAUCUUUGUUUUGUUUCAUCUACCCUAACAAGCCAGGAAUUCCGUUUUUUGUUGGAAUGAUAGUAUCCUUCUUGACUUUUCAGUUUUUCUGUCUUUGUUAUCUAUUUUUCUAUUUCUCUCUCUCACCUUUUUCUAAAUAUAUUGUUCUACACGGAGAGGACCAAACAUCACUGCUUGCGGUGUAAAGAUAUCAUCUUCCAUUGCUUAGAUGAGGCACAGCGUUAACAGUGGGUCCAGACCAUCAACAACCAGCUCUCACUACUCAGUAUGUCCUUUUCAAUGCAGACUGUUUUACUGGCCUUACUUUAAACAAACACCAACUUUAAAGGUUCAUGAUUUGAGAAACAUCUAUAAAGGCCUAAUAUGUUGUCUGUGUAAAGUGAGACCAUUUUACCAACCAUUAACACACUAUUUAGCAUCUUACAAAGAAGUACCUUUCCAAUGCUUUUUGCUCAUCUAGCCUUCAAUAUCCCAACAAUUUAUUCUAGAGAACAUUAAGAGAAUCAGUCAGAGGAUGUCAGUUUGAUGAUGACGGAGCAUUUCUGUAAAGUUUUGUUGGUUAAUGAAAACUUCAUGAAGUUGUCAGACAGUCACACUCUACCGUCCAUUAAACUAAAUGUUGAGUCCUCCAUUUUAAUGACCAAACCAGACUCUCCUUCACUUUGCAAGCAGCCGACCGAAACGCUUGCUAGUGUACAUCAAUCCCUACAGUGGAAAACAACACGGGAAGCGGAUUUACGAGCAGAGAGUAAGCCCCACUCUUCUCCCGAGCCUCCAUCUCCACCGACGUGAUCGGUGAGUUCCUGUCAGAGGGCCUACAUUAACAUUUAAAUAAAAAAUUAGCUUUUAUGGCCGGCAAAUAUUUAUUUGUUGACUUGGCAAACAGCCUAUACCCACCAACCACUCCCAAGAAUAUGAUUUUAUUUAUAGCACCAUCCAUCAAGGGAACACUGUAAUGGAAGCUGUGAUAGUCGAUAAACAUGGGAAUCCAUUCCAAACACAUCUAUGAUUCAUGGGAUGCUUUGGGAAGACCAUGGAGCGUCUAGGGCAGGAGUACUCAACUCUUACCCUACAAGGUCCGGAGCCUGCUGAUUUUCUGUUCUCCCUGAUAAUUAAUUGCACCCACUUGGUGUGCCAGGUCUAAAUCAGAACCCUGAUUAGAGGGGGACAAUGAAAACGAGGACUGGAACUGGCUUCGAGGUCCAGAGUUGAGUUUGAGGGGUCUAGGGUAUUAGCAGGGGGAGGCAUCACAUAGCUUGUGAAGAUCAUGGAUCGUCUAGGGCAGGGAUGGGCAACUCCAGUCCUCGGGGGCCGGAGUGGUGUUUAACUUCUUCCCCAUCCCUAGCAAAAACAGCUGAUUUUAAACUAAUCGCAUUCUAAACUGAAGAGCAUGAUUAGUUGAUUAUUGGAGUCAGGUGUGUUAGCUGGGGCUGGGGCAAAAGUGUGACACCAAUCAGGACCCCGAGAACUGGAGUUGCCGAUCCCUUGUCUAGGGUAUUGGCAGCUCGUGACCAUAGAACCGUCAUGGGCUUAAGGCUGGACCCAGCCCCAUAGCUCGAGGUGUUUUAAUUGGUGUUGGCAUUUCACCAUUCGUUGGAACACCUUAAUGGUAAAAAAAAUAAAUAAUUCCUUUAAGACAAUGGGAGGAGCAAUACUGUGUGCAGGAUUCUUGGCUUAACUAUUUUGUGUUGUGUGUGCAAUGUCUUGACUAGAUAGACUUGAGAUAUUCGUCAUGGGUUUUUAAUACUGACAAAAUAACUUGUUUCCAUAGUUACGGAGAGUGCCAAUCAUGCCAGGGAUCACUUGAAGACUAAGGUAGAUCUGAAGCAAUGUGACGGGUGAGUUUUAGACCCAGUAGGAAGACACUUCCAUUACCUGGCAUAGACUUUAUUAUCUCAGUCAGAAAUUACUUUGUUGGUGCAAAAGUCUAAGUGAAGAUUUCCGUACAAAACAGUCCAUGUCCAACCACAAUGCAUUCAUGUCUGAGGGAAGGGGACUGCUGAGAGCGAAGUGGACAUUAAUGGCAGUAUCAAUGCAACAACAACAUUAACAUGAAAGCUUAGGGGGGCAGAGUGUCUUCGGGUUUUUACUCCUCCCUUGUACUUGAUUGAUCAAUUAAUUGAUUAGUCAGGAAAUCCCUCACCUGGUUGUCUAGAUCUUAAUUGGACACAAAUUGAAAGGAAAUAACAAAAACCAGCAGACACUCUAAGGCUGGUCUCAAAGGAGUGUUUUCAUGCAUCGUGGGUGUGUUUCCCUGUUCAGGGUGGUGUGUGUGGGAGGGGACGGGAUGUUCAGCGAGGUUGUCCACGGCCUGGUCUCUAGGACCAAGAGUGAUUCCAGAGUGGACCAGAACCAACUGAACCAGGACCUGGUUCCAUGUGCGCCCUGCAUCGGAAUCAUCCCUGCAGGUGAGAGAGGAGGGGUGGGGAGAGGAGAGGGGAAGGGAGGAGAGAAGCAAAGGAGAGAAAUGGAGGAGAGGAUAAAGAAGGGGAGAAGGUAAGGUAAAGGCCAGUUAUAGCCCAUAGAGUAGGACUGUGUUAUACCUCCUCUGUUAGUGGCCAUGGCUAUGAUUGACUCCCACGGUAGCUAACCUUAGCCCCCAUGUUCUGUUAUCUGGCUGUUGCUGAGUUACGGGUAGCAAUUUCUAUAGCAACAGGGCUUGGGGUCCCACAGGGUGUUGUGAAGGGUCUAUCACUCAAAACUCCAUUAGAAGGGGGCCUGUUGUGCUUCGUGACAGUAAAAAAAAAAAAUCAUCAUACAUUUCACCACCGUGAAAUCCAUUACUUCACAAUACCCAAGGUUGAAUAUGGAGGAGGAGAAUCAAGUCACAGCUGGUUAGGCCUAUAGCUUCAGUGAUUCUGCAGGUUAAUGCUACUUCUUAGCAUUGAGUGCCUGCUGCUGCUGUGGUCCAGAAUUACAGCCUUUUUCCAGUCAGUCAGACGAAGAUGAAAUUAUUUUUCACUAUAUCUACAGAAAAGUUAUCACAGUAUCACAGUUUUUGUUGUGCAUUUGCCUUGGUUGGUUUCCUACUGACAGGUUUCAUGAGGUCAAGUAUGGCUUUUUCUGCUGCGACUGCUUAGCCUGUAUAAACCUUUUAAAUAUUGUUACCUAUCAAUCAAUCAUUACAUAGUUUUGAGGCUGAUAAGUGAUAGUGAUAAGAAACUAUCAUGGUGUACUUCAGUUCCAUAUACUAGGAGAAAUAAUAACUCAAAGUAAUAAUGAUGUAUUAAUCAGACGUGGUAAGAUAACGAACAGAACCUCUCAGUAUCAAAUAGACUUUCACUGAAUAAUAUGAGUGUUUACAAAGUCAACACAGCACACAUACAGCCUUGGUUACACGUCCCCAGUUUUAUCAGGUAACCUACCUAGAUACCUAGUGGCUGUGUGUAAUUCAACGCAUUCACAUUGUCUUAUCACAUAUUUUCUAGGUACUAUGUUUAGUUAAAUGACUGAACCUUGACUGUUAUUCUAUUAGUUAGGCAGACAGUGAUAAUGAGAGAAGCUUUGGAAAGAUUCAAAUGAGGAAGUGAGUCAAAACUGCAGAAAAUAUCUCCUAGAUAAGAAUCUGGAAAUUCACGGAGGGAUAUUUUUAGCUGAGAGAGUAGCUAGUUUCCUCUCUUCUGUGAAUAUUUUGACUGGGUGUUAAGAUUUGUUGUUUGAAAAUGACUACACGCUUGGCUCACACAAUCACACACCCAAGGCAGCCAGGCUUCCUUCACACAGAUAUCUUCAGUCUUCACUUGAGUAAGAAAUAAGGAAGUGUAAACCAGUCUGUAGCACUACAGUAAGUUUAGAUUUAAAUUCAGGAACUUUUCAAAAAGUAUUGGAGAAGCAAACCAAUCAGCCAAUGUCACCAUUUUACUCUCCGCUGUGUCAUUGUCAGAUUCUUCAUAAGAGCAAUCUGAAAAGAGAGGAGUGUGAUUACUAAGCAAUGAUGAAGAGAGGAAGAUAACUCCUCUUCAUACUCAUCUCUGUGUCCAUCUGUAAACGGCAGGUCUGAUUUCCCAGGCUGCUCUCUGUUCUGUCACGGUUCCCUGAGUCAGCUGAAAACAUCUACCUUGCAUCCCAAAUAGCACCCUAUUCCCUAUAUAGUGCAAUACUUUUGAUCAGGGCCUAUUAGGGAAUAGGGUGCCAUUUGGGAAGCAUUCCUAGCAUCAGUCUGUUGUCUAGCUGUAGAGAUGGAAAUAGGAAAUAAGUCUGUCUCCUCACCGGUCUGUCUUGGUGUCAUUGGUGCGUCUCAACAGAUAGUAAAUUAUCAAACUGUGACAGAUAUGCCUGAAAUUACUGUCCCCCGGCUGAACGGUAGAGCACGGUCAAUAGAGACCUAUUACCAUAAUAUCAAAUCAGAGAUUUCGAAGUCAAACUGAACAUUUCUCUCAAGUGCCAGGCAGGGUCUGCAUCUCGCUUUCCCCUCAUUUACUGUGUAGUGAGUGCUGAUUGCCCAGACCCAGACAGACCCAUUGGCUAUGAUAUCUUUCUUUGGCUCUGAUACAUAUCACCUAUUUUCUGCCUAAUAAUACUACUUAAACUGUUUUUCUAACUCUGUCUCAAAACUCUCUUCUUCAAAAACUUUUCUGGUCAUUGAUGAUUCAAUAAAACAAUAUUUAAACAAUGAAAACUCCCCGUGACAAAGUCCUGGGCUAAAAAGCAAUUUCAAUAGAGAUUUUACAUUGAACAGUCCAGAACUAGGGUUAAUCUGUUUCUGGGAAAACGGCCCCCAAAGUUGAUGGUUUGGGAUUUGUCCUGAGACUCAAGGUGCUAUUACGUGACUGACAUGUGGCCUGCAUUUCUCCUAUCCAACAGGUUUGACUGACUGUAUCUGAUAUGCUACAACAGGCACCAACGAUCCAGUGACUUCAUGGGAAAGUAGCCAUACACACACACAUACAUACAUACAUACAUACAUACAUACAUACAUACAUACAUACAUACAUUCACACACACACACACACACACACUCCAUACCAAACAGGUCUACCUGUCCACGCAGAGAUUUAAUAGAUUUUCUUACCAAUAUAUCUCUGUCACAAUGCUCACGAUUAGCUACAUCUCUCAAUAGUACAGCAUUCUAUGUCCUGCAUGUACACUUGUGGUGUCCCAUGCACACACAGUCUGGAGUGUGGUUUAAAGAGAUAACAUUGCACUCUACUAGAGUCCUGUCCAGGAGGUGUACUUGUACAUCAAUGUGCCUCACGGCACAGAAACAGGUAGCGUGGACAAGGCUUACUUGUCCAAAGCUUACUUAUUGCACUCUGCUUAACCGACUUGACUGAUAUUGAAAUGGCAUUGACCCCAACCCUGACUCCAAGACUAUUCUAUAUGGAGUGUUCUGUGACGACAUUCCAACCAAUUGAAUAAGGCCCUUUCUGUCUGUCUAUUCUGUCUAUUCUGUUUGUUCCUCCUCCAGGUGACUCCCAACCCAUGGACGUGUGUUCUGUCCAUCACAACAACACCUUCCUCAGGUACUCCGUCUCGCUGUUCGGAUACGGUUUCUACGGAGACGUGCUGACGGACAGCGAGAAGAAGCGCUGGAUGGGGCCUUCCAGAUACGACCUCUCAGGUAAAUAAUGGAGUUAUAAUUGUUAUUACAAUGUAAUUACCACAUUAUUAGAAUGUAGUUACAAUUGCAGUCAAACAAUGUAAUAACGGUAUUAUUAUUAGAUAAUAUGUUAUGUAAUAGAAACAAUCCUAAAUUUUCCCGAAAAUGACCUACAGUGAAAGGGAGGAAUGAGUGGAGAAAAUAAACAUUUCACACGUCACCAUCAGGAUAUUCAAAGCCACACACUGCUUCUGUUGCAGGUCUAAAGACGUUCCUGACCCAUCAGUACUAUGAAGGGACCGUCGCUUUCCUGCCCGCUGACGACAACCUGGGGAACCCUAGAGACAAGAUCAAAUGCAAAACUGGGUGCCAUAUCUGUGAGCAGGGUGCCAACAAUAGGCAGCCCCUCUCAGUGGAUCAUGUCUACAACAUGGCUGAAGAGAACUCUGACAAGGGUAAGAGGUUAUUGCCCUCUGUAAGUCUGUGCUGUGUGUAGUCUUUUCCCUGUUGCCAUGUCUGUUGAUAAAGCUGACAAUUACCCAGCCAUAAGCAUGAUGUCCCUCCUGUCCUCACGUCUGUUCCCUCGUCUGUCUGUCUCUCCCUCACUGCUAUGACUCCCUACAGACAGUCAGAGUAGACCGUUUGGUGUUGAACACACACACACACUCCUCACAGCCCACUCUUCUCGUCACAGCCCCCCCCCCCCCUCUCUUCUCAGACGGCGUUUGUUUAUUCAGAGCAGCAGAUAGGAGGAUACGUCGUGUUUUACUGAGAGCCACAGAGAGAUUCCCUUUUUCCUCUCCUCUUCCGGGACUCUAAUUGGUGUUAAUUCCCGGCUUCUCUGUUGUGCUUGGCUGGGACACAAAACACACAGAGGGAGACAGAACCCCACUAAUUAGGGAGAUAGUCGGCCUGGCUGCCGGAGUUGGCGGGGGACUUGCUGUGCUCGUUUUGGCGAUCAAAUCUCCAACAACUGCUUAAGCAAUGGGGCAAGAUGCCGGCUGGGUGCCACGUCACAAACAAGCCUCCCGAAAUGUUAAUGUGUAAGGGACACUUGAGAGGUUCCCGAGCUAAGACGAUGCCAAGGCCCACAAUAAAGAUUGUAAAUGUCUAAUCAUAAUCCGAUUGGUAGUUUUUGAAGACAUCUAAUAAUUUACUUUCCAAUUAAAUGUAUUUGUUUUUUAAUCCCUGUGGACUUGUUAAUGUUGGGUCAGGUUAUCGCUCCCGUGAGUUUGUUUUACGAGACAAGGAGAAGACUAAGCGUUUUAUGGCCUCGGAUCACAUAAUAUUCCCCCUGCGAUCAGAGAUAUUAUCGUAAAACACUCAGACAUUUUGGAGUUACUGUACAUCCCCCAUUAAACCACUCAACCACUAAUUUAAUGGCAGAAUACUUUGAUUCACCUGAGUGUUACUGAGUGGUAUCACAUGAGUGUAAUAACACAUAAUAUUUUGUCCAGCCUCGCUCCUGAUUUAAGAGCACCCCAAAGAUGGCACGUUUAAUCGAUCAACUCCUCGUGUGUUUAAAGAGACCAGCGGUGAUAGUUUAUGGCGGGUGAUCCAGGGGAAGUUCCUAGCAAUCAACGCUGCCAGUAUGAGCUGUGCCUGUCCUCGCAGCCCUAGAGGCCUGUCGCCCUCUGCCCACCUGGCCGAUGGCACCACGGACCUCAUCCUGGUACGCAAGGCCUCCCGCCUCGACUUCCUCCAACACCUCAUACGACAAACCAACAAGGACAACCAGGUAGGUAACUCUUUGAGUUGUUAUUGUUAUUCCUUUUUUGCUAUUUAUUCAUUUUCACAUUGGCAAUCAUAAAAUAUCAUUAGAUGUAAGAUGAUUCAAUCAGAGGGGGAUAUCAUCCCCCCAAAAAGGUUAUAAGAAUUAGCAAAGAAAUUUGCAAAGUAAAUACUAUUAUUUUCAAACCAUAUUAAUCUCAGGUAAUGUAUUGUGGAUCAAGCCAGUAAAACUUUUGAAAGUCACAAGGAGUUCAGGUGGAGAUGGAGAAUGCCUCAGUCACUUACUCACUCAGUCACUCUCAGCUCUCCCACGUACUGCAUGUCAUGGGUUACUCAGCCUUCACAGAGAGAGAUGGGGAUUGAGUGGGAGAGAGUUUCCCUGUACUUUGCUUCCUGGUUUAGUUGGCUGACACAGCUCUUUCUAAAUCAGGGUAUACCUCAGUUCAGACAUUUGCUUCCCACUCCGCUCUCUCACUUUUCGUAAAUAUCCCAAUUCUGCAAAGCGAUCUGGAUAACUUGCAUCAUCCUCCUGCGCAUACUGCCACACACACACACAUGCAUACCCUACCAGUCAAAAGUUUGGACACACCUACUCAUUCCAGGGUUUUUACUAUUUUCUACAUUAUACAGUCGUGGUCAAAAGUGUUGAGAAUGACACAAAUACUAAUUUUCACAAAGGCUGCUGCCUCAGUUUUGAUGAUGGCAAUUUGCAUAUACUCCAGAAUGUCAUGAAGAGUGAUCAGAUGAAUUGCAAUUAAUUGCAAAGUCCCUCUUUGCCAUGAAAAUGAAAUUAAUCCCAAAAAAACAUUUCCACUGCAUUUCAGCCCUGCCACAAAAGGACCAGCUGCCAUCAUGUCAGUGAUUCUCUCGUUAACACAGGUGAGAGUGUUGACGAGGACAAGGCUGGAGAUCACUCUGUCAUGCUGAUUGAGUUAGAAUAACAGACUGGAAGCUUUAAAAAGGAGGGUGGUGCUUGAAAUCAUUGUUCUUCCUCUGUUAACCAUGGUUACCUGCAAGGAAACACGUGCCGUCAUCAUUGCUUUGCACAAAAAGGGCUUCACAGGCAAGGAUAUUGCUGCUAGUAAGAUUGCACCUAAAUCAACCAUUUAUCGGAUCAUCAAGAACUUCAAGGAGAGAGGUUCAAUUGUUAUGAAGAAGGCGUCAGGGCGCCCAAUAAAGUCCAGCAAGCGCCAGGACGUCUCCUGAAGUUGAUUCAGCUGCGGGAUCGGGGCACCACCAGUGCAGAGCUUGCUCAGGAAUGGCAGCAGGCAGGUGUGAGUGCAUCUGCAAGCACAGUGAGGCUUUUGGAGGAUGGCCUGGUGUCAAGAAGGGCAGCAAAGAAGCCACUUCUCUCCAGGAAAAACAUCAGGGACAGACUGAUAUUCUGCAAAAGGUACAGGGAUUGGACUGCUGAGUACUGGGGUAAAGUCAUUUUCUCUGAUGAAUCCCCUUUCCGAUUGUUUGGGGCAUCCGGAAAACACCUUGUCUGUAGAAGACAAGGUGAGCGCUACCAUCAGUCCUGUGUCAUGCCAACAGUAAAGCAUCCUGAGACCAUUCAUGUGUGGGGUUGCUUCUCAGCCAAGGGCGUGGGCUCACUCACAAUUUUGCCUAAGAACACAGCCAUGAAUAAAGAAUGGUACCAACACAUCCUCCGAGAGCAACUUCUCCCAACCAUCCAAGAACAGUUUGGUGACGACCAAUGCCUUUUCCAGCAUGAUGGAGCACCUUGCCAUAAGGCAAAAGUGAUAACUAAGUGACUCGGGGAACAAACAUCAACAUUUUGGGUCCAUGGCCAGGAAACUCCCCAGAUCUUAAUCCCAUUGAGAACUUGUGGUCGAUCCUCAAGAGCCGGGUGGACAAACAAAAGCCCACAAAUUCUGACAAACUCCAAGCAUUGAUUAUGCAAGAAUGGGCUGCCAUCAGUCAGGAUGUGGCCCAGAAGUUAAUUGACAGCAUGCCAGGGCGGAUUGCAGAGGUCUUGAAAAAGAAGGGUCAACACUGCAAAUAUUGACUCUUUGCAUAAAUGUAAUUGUCAAUAAAAGCCUUUGACACUUAUGGAAUGCUUGUAAUUAUACGUCAGUAUACAGUGAGGGAAACAAGUAUUUGAUCCCCUGCUGAUUUAGUACGUUUGCCCACUGACAAAGACAUGAUCAGUCUAUAAUUUUAAUGGUAGGCUUAUUUGAACAGUGAGAGACAGAAUAACAACAAAAAAAUCCAGAAAAACGCAUGUCAAAAAUGUUAUAAAUUGAUUUGCAUUUUAAUGAGGGAAAUAAGUAUUUGACCCCUCUGCAAAACAUGACGUAGUACUUGGUGGCAAAACCCUUGUUGGCAAUCACAGAGGUCAGAUGUUUCUUGUAGUAGGCCACCAGGUUUGCACACAUCUCAGGAGGGAUUUUGUCCCACUCCUCUUUGCAGAUCUUCUCCAAGUCAUUAAGGUUUCGAGGCUGACGUUUGGCAACUCAAACCUUCAUCUCCCUCCACAGAUUUUCUAUGGGAUUAAGGUGUGGAGACUGGCUAGGCCACUCCAGGACCUUAAUGUGCUUCUUCUUGAGCCACUCCUUUGUUGCCUUGGCCGUGUGUUUUGGGUCAUUGUCAUGCUGGAAUACCCAUCCACGACCCAUUUUCAACGCCCUGGCUGAGGGAAGGAGGUUCUCAACCAAGAUUUGACGGUACAUGGCCCCGUCCAUCGUCCCUUUGAUGCGGUGAAGUUGUCCUGUCCCCUUAGCAGAAAAACACCCCCAAACCAUAAUGUUUCCAUCUCCAUGUUUGACGGUGGGGAUGGGGUUCUUGGGGUCAUAGGCAGCAUUCCUCCUCCUCCAAACACGGCGAGUUGAGUUGAUGCCAAAGAGCUCCAUUUUGGCCUCAUCUGAUCACAACACUUUCACCCAGUUCUCCUCUGAAUCAUUCAGAUGUUAAUUAGCAAACUUCAGACGGGCAUGUACAGUGAGGGAAAAAAGUAUUUGAUCCCCUGCUGAUUUUGUACGUUUGCCCACUGACAAAGACAUGAUCAGUCUAUAAUUUUAAUGGUAGGCUUAUUUGAACAGUGAGAGACAAAAAAAUCCAGAAAAACACAUGUCAAAAAUGUUAUAAAUUGAUUUGCAUUUUAAUGAGGGGAAUAAGUAUUUGACCCCUCUCAAUCAGAAAGAUUCUUGGCUCCAAGGUGUCUUUUAUACAGGUAACGAGCUGAGAUUAGGAGCACACUCUUAAAGGGAGUGCUCCUAAUCUCAGCUUGUUACCUGUAUAAAAGACACCUGUGCACAGAAGCAAUCAAUCAAUCAGAUUCCAAACUCUCCACCAUGGCCAAGACCAAAGAGCUCUCCAAGGAUGUCAGGGACAAGAUUGUAGACCUACACAAGGCUGGAAUGGGCUACAAGACCAUCGCCAAGCAGCUUGGUGAGAAGGUAACAACAGUUGGUGCAAUUAUUCGCAAAUGGAAGAAACACAAAAGAACUGUCAAUCUCCCUCGGCCUGGGGCUCCAUGCAAGAUCUCACCUCGUAGAGUUGCAAUGAUCAUGAGAACGGUGAGGAAUCAGCCCAGAACUACACGUGAGGAUCUUGUCAAUGAUCUCAAGGCAGCUGGGACCAUAGUCACCAAGAAAACAUUUGGUAACACACUACUCCGUGAAGGACUGAAAUCCUGCAGCGCCCGCAAGGUCCCCCUGCUCAAGAAAGCACAUAUACAGUGAGGGAAAAAAGUAUUUGAUCCCCUGCAAACGUACAAAAUUAGCAGGGGAUCAAAUACUUUGUUCCCUCACUGUACCAUAGUAACAUCUGACAAAAAUAUCUCAUAACACUGAAGCAGCAAACUUUGUGAAGACCAAUACUUGUGUCAUUCUCAAAACUUUUGACCACGACUGUAGAAUAAUAGUGAACACAUCACAACUAUGAAAUAACACAUAUGGAAUCAUGUAGUAACCAAAAAAGUCUUAAACAAAUCAAAAUAUAUUUAUAUAUUUGAGAUUCUUCAAAGUAGCCACCUUUUGCCUUGAUGACAGCUUUGCACACUCUUGACAUUCUCUCAACCAGCUUCAUGAGGUACUCACCUGGAAUGCAUUUCAAUUAACAGGUGUGCCUUGUUAAAAGUUAAUUUGUGGAAUUUCUUUCCUUAAUGCGUUUGAGCCAAUCAGUUGUGUUGUGACAAGGUAGGGGUGGUAUACAGAAGAUAGCCCUAUUUGGUAAAAUACCAAGUCCAUAUUAUGGCAAGAACAGCUCAAAUAAGCAAAGAGAAACGACAGUCCAUCAUUACUUUAAGACAUGAAGGUCAGUCAAUACGGAACAUUUCAAGAAUUUGUGAAGUUUCUUCAAAUGCAGUCGCUAAAAAACAUCAAUCGCUAUGAUGAAACUGGCUCUCAUGAGGACCGCCACAGGAAAGGAAGACCCAGAGUUACCUCUGCUGCAGAGGAUAAGUUCAUUAGAGUUAACUGCACCUCAGAUUGCAGCCCAAAUAAAUGCUUCACAGAGUUCAAAUAACACACAUCUCAAAAUCAACUGUUCAGAGGAGACUAUGUGAAUCAGGCCUUCAUGGUCGAAUUCCUGCAAAGAAACCACUACUAAAUGACACCAAUAAUAAGAAGAGACUUGCUUGGACCAAGAAAUACGAGCAAUGGACAUUAGACCGGUGGAAAUCUGUCCUUUGGUCUGAUGAGUCCAAAUUUGACAUUUCUGGUUCCAACCACCAUGUCUUUGUGAGACGCAGACUAGGUGAACGGAUGAUCUCCGCAUGUGUGGUUCCCACUGUGAAGCAUGGAGGAGGAGGUGUGAUGGUGCUUUGCUGGUGACACUGUCUGUGAUUUAUUUAGAAUUGCAGGCACACUUUACCAGCAUGGCUACCACAGCAUUCUUCAGCGAUACGCCAUCCCAUCGGGUUUGCGCUUAGUGGGACUAUAAUUUGUUUUUCAACAGAACAAUGACCCAAAACACACCUCCAGGCUGUGUAAGGGCUAUUUGACCAAGAAGGAUGAUUGAGUGCGGCAUCAGAUGACCUGGCCUCCACAAUCACCCGACCUCAACCCAAUUGAGAUGGUUUGGGAUGAGUUGGACUGCAGAGUGAAGGAAAAGCAGCCAACAAGUUCUCAGCAUAUGUGGGAACUCCUUCAAGACUGUUGGAAAAGCAUUCCUCAUGAAGUUGGUUGAGAGAGUGCAAAGCUGUCAUCAAGGCAAAGUGUAGCUACUUUGAAGAAUCUCAAAUAUAAAAUAUAUUUUGAUUUGUUUAAGACUUUUUUGGUUACUACAUGAUUUCAUAUGUGUUAUUUCAUAGUUUUGAUGUCUUCACUAUUAUUCUACAAUGUAGAAAUUGUAAAAAUAAAGAAGAACCCUGGAAUGAGUAGGUGUGUCCAAACUUUUGACUGGUACUGUACAAACAGGUGGGAUGGUAGGAUGUUCAUUGCAUUAUACCUGUUUAAUAUCUGCAUAGCCAAUCCACCAAGGAGCGAAACAAGGAGUGAGAGGCCACUAAGUGUAUUCAUAGUUUUGUCAGAAAGCCUUUUAGGGGACACUUGGUAUGAGUGUGAUGGAGAAUAAAUCGCUCUCAGACACUCUCUCCUCUCUUCUCAGACAGUCUGUGGAGUAGAACUGAGUAGUGAUGGGAGGAUAAAGAGAGAUUGUUUUCUGAGGCAGUGAAAGAUUGAGCCCUUGGUACUGUUGACUGACCCUUUCUUUUCGGCCUCUUUUCCCUACUUUCUCUCCAUCCCCUCGUCUUCACUCCCUCAUUCUCUAUAUACUGUACCUCCCUCCCCUAACUUCCCACCAUCCCUCCCUCUCUGCCUCCACAGUUUGACAUGUCCUUCAUGGAGGUUCACCGUGUGCGGCGGUUCCGGUUCAUUCCGAAGCGCAGCAACGUGACCUCAGAGGUGGACCUGAGUGAGACAAGCGAGAAGAAGAUCUUUAACCAGAUCUGUACAGCCCAUCCCAGCUACGACACAGGCCAUAGCAACUGGAACUGUGACGGGGAGAUCCUGCCUCAUGCGGCUAUACAAGUCAAGUCAAUUUUAAUCUAUUGGUUUUGUUAAGAGAUUUAGGAAGUUUGAGGUUUACCCACACGCAAACACACACAAGUGGUCCCACUUCUUCCACCACAACAUCAGUAGAGAUCAUUAUAUAGCAUGAUGGUGGCUCUCCCUCCACCACAACGAUUUCAGUAGAGAUUUUUAUAUAGCAUGACAGUGGCUUUCCUCCUGAAUACAUCAUUUACUUGAUGCUCCGUUAUACUUUGCCAAUGAGGCAUGGCUGUGUAAUUCUAGUAUAUCUAAUUUAAUAUCCCUCCCACUGUUAAGAGCCUACUCACUUUUAAUUAAAAUACAAGUCCAUUCAUUUAUUGCCUUUUUUCUCUCCAGUAAUUGUUCUUGGAAUGAGUCAGCAAAUGAGCAGCUGAGAUAAUUGAUGGUGAUAACCCUGAUCGCCCCUAAAACAAUCAGAAAAAAAAGAAGACAGAAAGAAAUCGGCUGCUUUCUUUCACUGCUGAAUAUCAGUAGGUGACUUCAAUUUUUUUUCUUCCAUUGGUUCCAUUGCACCAGGCAAGCUCAGUCAAGCACAGCUGAAGUAUUUGAAAGAAAACAAAUAUUAAUUGAACCACCAGUGUGACUGACUGGAAAAUAAAAUCUGUAUGGUCUUUGCAGCAUCAUCUGAGUUUAACUUUUAUUAAAGUCGGGGUCUCCAUACUGCAUUAACAACUGCCACACUACUAACGGACCAUUCCAGGUCUCAUCACAGUGUUUCUGUAACCAAGCCACGUGGAAGCUAAAUACCAAUCUCAAUUUUUACUCUAAAAUUGACAAUAAAGCUUCUGAACUUGGAACUUCAGCUCCAUUCCAUUAGUUUUAAACAUCUGUGAUAUGGACAGUAAAGUCAGACUGGAAACGAACACUCAUCAUAUUGAUGAAUGUGUAACUUUCCUUCUGUGCGUCUCUGUCUCCCUACAGUGUUCACUGCCAGCUGAUCAGACUAUUUGCCUGAGGCGUCGAGAGGGGGGCCACACUUGACGCAUACACAUGGUCUGUAAUAGAAGGAUCUAAUCUAAUCUCUCGUGGCAAGCUGAGGGUGACCAACUGUCCUGAGUUGUGCUAGAAAGUCCUGCAUUUUGACCCUUUAUCCCUCAUCCUGCAACCACACAUGCAUGUCCCACAUUUUAUAAAAACAUAACAUUGAUAAAAAUAAAAAUAAAUAAAUAAUGUGUCUCGUAUUUCAGACUUCCCAUUUAUUUGAUGAGAAUUGCUGUCAGGUUGCGCUUUUGACAAGAUAUAUAGGCUAUCAUAUGGAGCUUACCCUUCCCAGUCAAGUAUAUUUUCUGAUACAUCUUCACCCAGGGCAACAGUUAGUCUAUUUAGAAGUUACUUAGUUAAGACUAGUUGUCUCUGCAGAGUACCCCUCUUCACUAGCAGUGGUUUGUCUUCUGUGUGUAGGGUAAUGUCUUUGUGAGAGUGCCAUCAUAAUGAGUUAGCGCCGUUACAAUUAUACACCAGACUGCCAACAGACAGAUGCUGCCUCCUACAGCCAAAACAUCAACCAACUCCAGGACACACACACGCACUCCAUGCACACACACUCUCACACACACACACACACACACACACACACACAUCUAUCAUCUGCCACUGUGAAACUAAACACAGACCUAAACUCUCAAUACUGUGGGAGGCUCAGCCUGUUCUUUUGGAAACCUCUCCAAGAUCAUUACUGGUUGCUGUGAAUGGCCAUGAUUAUAUUUCAGCUCUGAGCUGUGAGUGAAUCAGGUAGUGCUAUAAUGUUCCUUGUGGGUCUAUGGUCUCUGUGGCUGUCAGAUUCUGAUGAACUGGCUGAUGUGAGUCUCUUUGCUGUAUAAUACAUAUAUCUGUGUGGAACCAAAAGGUGCCAUGUCAGUCCCACCCUGACUCACUAAGCCAGCUGACUAGGGGAAACAUUUUGACUGUAACACAGAUAACACAUGGGUCUUGUAUGGCUAGUCCUGCUGAAGGCUUUAUAAUGACUGAAUAUUAUGUAAUCCAUUCCUCUUGCAGGUCUCAAGAUGACAUGACAAACUGUAUGUAACUAACCUGUGAUGUGGAUUAGGAUGUGAUAUGUAUGAAUGUUUGGAUACAGUUGAAUAAAGUGCUUUUAAACUAAUAUUAGCUUGUUGUUAACAUCAUUUUUUUUAAAGAUUGUGACUUUGGUGUCAAGUGCAAAUAGAUUUUUUACAGUAGCCUUUGAGGCUUUUAAGAAAUGUAAAGCCUUCAUCAAGGUUUUGUAGUGGGUAUAUGUACAGUACCAGUCAAAAGUUUGGACACACCUACUCAUUCAAGGGUUUUUCUUUAUUUUUACUAUUUUCUACAUUGUAGAAUAAUAGUGAAGAUAUCAAAACUAUGAAAUAACACAUAUGGAAUCAUGUAGUAACCAAGAAAGUGUGAACAAAUAUUUUAGAUUCUUCAAAGUAGCGACCCAUUGCCUUGAUGACAGCUUUGCACACUCUUGGCAUUCUCUCAAUCAGCUUCAUGAGGUAGUCACCUGGAAUGCAUUAACAGCUGUGCCUUGUUAAUUUGUGGGAUUUCUAUCCUUCUUAAUGUGUUUGAGCCAAUCCGUUGUGUUGUGACAAGGUAGUGGUGGUAUACAGACGAUAGACCUAUUUGGUAAAAGACCAAGUCCAUAUUAUGGCAAGAACAGCUCAAAUAAGCAAAGGGAAAUGGCAGUCCAUCAUGACUUUAAGACAUGAAGGUCAAUCAAUCCAGAAAAUGUCAAGAACUUUGAAAGUUUCUUCAAAUGCAGUCGCAAAAACCAUCAAAAGCAAUGAUGAAACUGGCUCUCAUUUUUUAUUUAUUUAUUUAUUUCACCUUUAUUUAACCAGGUAAGCCAGUUGAGAACAAGUUCUCAUUUACAACUGCGACCUGGCCAAGAUAAAGUAAAGCAGUGCGAUAAAAACAACAACACAGAGUUACAUAUGGGGUAAAAAAAAAACAUAAAGUCAAAAAAUACAACAGAAAAUAUAUAUACAGUGUGUGCAAAUGUUUCAAGUUAUGGAGGUAAGGCAAUAAAUAGGCUAUAGUGCAAAGUAAUUACAAUUAGUAUUAACACUGGAAUGCUAGAUGUGCAAGAGAUGAUGUGCAAAUAGAGAUACUGGGGUGCAAAAGAGCAAAAUAAAUAACAAUAUAGGGAUGAGGUAGUUGGGUGGGCUAAUUUCAGAUGGGCUGUGUACAGGUGCAGUGAUCGGUAAGGUGCUCUGACAACUGAUGCUUAAAGUUAGUGAGGGAGAUAAGAGUCUCCAGCUUCAGAGAUUUUUGCAAUUCGUUCCAGUCAUUGGCAGCAGAGAACUGGAAGGAAUGGUGGCCAAAGGAGGUGUUGGCUUUGGGAAUGACCAGUGAGAUAUACCUGCUGGAGCGCAGACUACGGGUGGGUACUGCUAUGGUGACCAAUGAGCUAAGAUAAGCCAGGGAUUUGCCUAGCAGUGAUUUAUAGAUGGCCUGGAGCCAGUGGGUUUGACGACGAACAUGUAGUGAGGACCAGCCAACAAGAGCGUACAGGUCACAGUGGUGGGUAGUGUAUGGGGCUUUGGAGACAAAACGGAUGGCACUGUGAUAGACUACAUCCAAUUUGCUGAGUAGAGUGUUGGAGGCUAUUUUGUAAAUGACAUCGCCGAAGUCAAGGAUCGGUAGGAUAGUCAGUUUUACGAGGGCAUGUUUGGCAGCAUGAGUGAAGGAGGCUUUGUUGCGAAAUAGGAAGCCGAUUCUAGAUUUUACUUUGGAUUGGAGAUUCUUAAUGUGAGUCUGGAAGGAGAGUUUACAGUCUAACCAGACACCUAGGUAUUUGUAGUUGUCCACAUACUCUAGGACAGACCCGUCGAGAGUGGUGAUUCUAGUCGGGUGGGCGGGUGCCAGCAGCGUUCGAUUGAAGAGCAUACAUUUAGUUUUACUAGUGUUUAAGAGCAGUUGGAGGAUACUGAAGGAGUGUUGUAUGGCAUUGAAGCUCGUUUGGAGGUUUGUUAACACAGUGUCCAAUGAUGGGCCAGAUGUAUACAAAAUGGUGUCGUCUGCGUAGAGGUGGAUCUGAGAGUCACCAGCAGCAAGAGCGACAUCAUUGAUAUACACGGAGAAAAGAGUCGGCCCAAGAAUUGAACCCUGUGGCACCCCCAUAGAGACUGCCAUAGGUCCAGACAACAGGCCCUCCGAUUUGACACAUUGAACUCUAUCUGAGAAGUAGUUGGUGAACCAGGCGAGGCAGUCAUUUGAGAAACCAACGCUAUUUAGUCUGCCAAUAAGAAUGCGGUGGUUGACAGAGUCGAAAGCCUUGGCCAGGUCGAUGAAGACGGCUGCACAGUACUGUCUAUUAUCGAUCGCGGUUAUAAUAUCGUUUAGGACCUUGAGCGUGGCUGAAGUGCACCCAUGACCAGCUCGGAUACCGGAUUGCAUAGCGGAGAAGGUACGGUGGGAUUCGAAAUGGUCGGUGAUCUGUUUGUUAACUUGGCUUUCAAAUACUUUCGAAAGGCAGGGCAGGAUGGAUAUAGGUCUGUAACAGUUUGGAUCUAGAGUGUCACCCCCUUUGAAGAGGGGGAUGACCGCGGCAGCUUUCCAAUCUCUGGGGAUCUCAGACGUUACGAAAGAGAGGUUGAACAGGCUAGUAAUAGGGGUUGCGACAAUUUCGGCGGCUAGUUUUAGAAAGAAAGGGUCCAGAUUGUCUAGCCCAGCUGAUUUGUAGGGGUCCAGAUUUUGCAGCUCUUUCAGAACAUCAGCUGUCUGAAUUUGUGUGAAGGAGAAGCGGGGGGCGCAUGGGCAACUUGCAGCGGAGGGUGCAGAGUUGGUGGCUGGGGUAGUGGUAGCCAGGUGGAAAGCAUGGCCAGCCGUAGCAAAAUGCUUGUUGAAAUUCUCGAUUAUUGUAGAUUUAUCGGUGGUGAUAGUGUUUCCUAGCCUCAGUGCAGUGGGCAGCUGGGAGGAAGUGCUCUUAUUCUCCAUGGACUUUACAGUGUCCCAAAACUUUUUGGAGUUAGUGCUACAGGAUGCAAAUUUCUGUUUGAAAAAGUUAGCCUUUGCUUUCCUGACUGCCUGUGUAUAUUGGUUCCUAACUUCCCUGAAAAGUUUCAUAUCGCGGGGGCUAUUUGAUGCUAAUGCAGUACGCCACAGGAUGUUUUUGUGCUGGUCAAGGGCAGUCAAGUCUGAGGAGAACCAGGGGCUAUAUCUGUUCUUAGUUCUGUCUUUUUUGAAUGGGGCAUGUUUAUUUAAGAUUGAGAGGAAAUUACUUUUAAAGAACAACCAGGCAUCCUCUACUGACGGAAUGAGAUCUAUAUCCAUCCAGGAUACCUGGGCCAGGUCAAUUAGGAAGGCCUGCUCGCUAAAGUGUUUUAGGGAGCGUUUGACAGUGAUGAGGGGUGGUCGUUUGACCGCGGACCCGUUACGGACGCAGGCAAUAAGGCAGUGAUCGCUGAGAUCCUGGUUGAAGACAGCGGAGGUGUAUUUAGAGGGUAAGUUAGUCAGGAUGAUAUCUAUGAGGGUACCCAUGUUUACGGAUUUAGGGUUGUACCUGGUAGGUUCGUUGAUAAUUUGUGUGAGAUUGAGGGCAUCUAGUUUGGAUUGUAGGAUGGCCGGGGUGUUAAGCAUAUCCCAAUUUAGGUCACCAAGCAGUACAAACUCUGAGGAUAAAUGGGGGGCAAUCAAUUCACAUAUGGUGUCCAGGGCACAGCUGGGGGCUGAGGGGGGUCUGUAGCAAGCGGCAACAGUGAGAGACUUAUUUCUGGAAAGGUGGAUUUUUAUAAGUAGAAGCUCAAACUGUUUGGGCACAGACCUGGAUAGUAUGAUAGAGCUCUGCAGGCUAUCUCUACAGUAGAUUGCAACUCCACCCCCUUUGGCAGUUCUAUCUAGACGGAAAAUGUUAUAGUUGGGGAUGGAAAUUUCAGAAUUUUUGGUGGCCUUCCUUAGCCAGGAUUCAGACACUGCUAGAGCAUCAGGGUUGGCGGAGUGUGCUAACGCAGUGAAUAACUCAAACUUAGGAAGUAGACUUCUGAUAUUUACAUGCAAGAAACCAAGGCUUUUGCGAUUACAGAAGUCAGCAAAUGAUAGCGCCUGGGGAGUAGGAGUGAUACUGAGGGCUGCAGGGCCUGGGUUAGCCUCUACAUCACCGGAGGAACAGAGGAGGACUAGAAUAAGGAUACGGCUAAAGGCUUUAAGAACUGGUCUUCUAGCUCGUUGGGUACAUAGAAUAAAGGGGGCAGAUUUCCGGGCGUUGUAGAAAAGAUUCAGGGCAUUAUGUACAGACAAGGAUAUGGAAGGAUAUGAGUAAAGUGGAGGUAAACCUAAGCGUUGGGUAACAAUGAAAGAGAUAGCAUCACUGGAGGCACCAAUUGAGUCGGUCUCCGCGUGUAUGGGGGGUGGGACAGUCAUGACGACUGCCAGAGGAAAGGAAGACCCAGAGUUACCUCUGCUGCAGAGGAUAAGUUCAUUAGAGAAACUGCACCUCAGAUUGCAGCCCAAAUAAAUGCUUAGCAGAGUUCAAGUCACAGACACAUCUCAACAUCAACUGUUCAGAGGAGUGCGUGAAUCAGGCCUUCUUGGUCUAAUUGCUGCAAAGAAACCACUACUAAAGGACACCAAUAAUAAGAAGACUUGCUUGGGCCAAGAAACACGAGCAAUGGACAUUAGACAGGUGGAAAUCUGUUCUUUGGUCUGAUGAGUCCAAAUUUGAGAUUUUUGGUUCCAACUGGCGUGUCUUUGUGAGACGCAGAGUAGGUGAACGGAUGAUCUCCGCAUGUGUGGUUCCCACCGUGAAGUAUGGAGGAGGAGGUGUGAUGGUGUGGGGGUGCUUUGCUGGUGACACUGUCAGUGAUUUAUUUAGAAUUCAAGGCACACUUAACCAGCAUGGCUACCACAGCAUUCUGCAGCGAUACACCAUCCGAUCUGAUUUGUUUUUCAAUAGGACAAUGACCCAAAACACACCUCCAGGCUGUCUAAGGGCUAUUUGACAAAGAAGGAGAGUGCUGCAUCAGAUGACCUGGCCUCCACAAUCACCUGACCUCAACCCAAUUGAGAUGGUUUGGGAUGAGUUGGACCGCAGAGUGAAGGAAAAGCAGCCACAAGUGCUCAGCGUAUGUGGGACUUCCUUCAAGACUGUUGGAAAAGCAUUCCUCAUGAAGCUGGUUGAGAGAAUGCCAAGAGUGUGCAAAGCUGUCAUCAAGGCAAAGGGUGGCUUCUUUGAAGAAUCUCGAAUAUAAAAUAUAUUUUGAUUUUACACUUUUUUGUUUACUACAUGAUUCCAUAUGUCUUAUCUCAUAGUUUUGAUGUCUUCACUAUUAUUCUACAAUGUAGAAAAUAGUACAAAUAAAGAAAAACCCUUGAAUGUGUAGGUGUGUCCAAACUUUUGACUGGUACUGUAUGUUGCUUGUUAAUUUCUUCUCAGUGUCUCUUCUCUUGUCAUUCCUUUAACAGGGAAGGACAUUUGCCACACACAAAGGCACAGACUGAAAAACGGGCCCCAGACUCAGCCCUGUCUGUGGCUGGUAUCCCUAUCCUCUCUUGGCAUGGUUUACAGGAUGUUAUUGUAAAUAUACCUCAUGAAACCAAUACAUGUUUCCCUGUUAUCUCGAAGGGUCUUCCAUAAUGCUGGAUGCGCCACAAAGCCCAUUCCACUGACAAAUAUGCUUUACUGGGGAAAGGGACGAAUGAGAUGCCAGAGCAUUUAAUGGGCUUAUUACAUAAAAACGACUGCAGGGGAGAUAUAAAUUAGCUCUAGCUCGUCUCUUCUCCCCUGGCAUCCGAUGGAGAGAUAUUUUGCCUCGGCCACAUUUGUUCAUCCACCCCGUCUCGCUCAAUGUUUUUGAUAUGGCCCAUACAUUAUGGUGCUAUCUGGACCAGCAUGGCAAUGAAGCAAGGUAAUUUUCCGAUCUCCUCUUCCUACCCGCAGAGUACAUUCCGUUUCCUCCCUCUUUCCCGUCUCUCGGGCUUCACUGUGUCUUCAUUGAAGGCGGAUUGCGGGUCACGUUCCCGUCGGGACCCACUGUCUCAUUCUCCUCUAGAACCCGGCCUUUGUCCUGAGACAGAACAAUAAACACACACACAGCCAGCUGCUGUCCUCGGCUCACAUCUAAACUGGACGGAGAUUGGAGACAACUCAUUGUGAGUGUGAUUACACUUGCAUUUUUACCCGGAUGAUGAGUUUCCAUUCCCAUCCACUUUGAGACAGCUCCGCUCUGUCAGAUCCCAGGAUAGUACCUGUCUACACUGAUCCCUGGUCUCAGGCCCUAAAGGAGCCACAGCUGGGCUCAGGUAAUGCAUUCUAAUGGGCAAGAGAAACAGCCACUCCAGGUAAGGAGCCAAUGCAGCGAUGCGGAAUUAAUCAUAAGGCCAUGUGAUGCAGAACUGGGUAAGCAAACCAUUCGGGGCCUUAAAAGGUUAGCGUUUUCUAAGAUAAUGAAAGAUAUCCCACAUUGAUGAGGGAAGCGAAAGUGGAUACCUAGUCAGUUGCACAACUGAAUGCAUUCAACCAAAAUGAGUCUUCUGCAUUUAACCCAACCCCUCUGAAUCAGAGAGGUGCGGGGGCUGCCUUAAUCAAGAUCAUCGGCACCCGGGGAGUUCUUGUUGAUGGCAGUUAACUGCCUUGCUCGGCGAUUUGAACCAGCGACCUUUUGGUUACAGUCCCAACGUUCUUAACCACUAGGCUAACUGCCACCCCCUCUGAGAGGGAGAGAUGGAGAAAGAGUGUUUUGUAUUUCCUGAGGUGGUGGCUGUGAGCAGAGGAGAGAGAACCAGCAUCAGAGGAGGGAACCCAAACUGUUGCUGGCUGCUGCAGGGCUCUAUCCAUCUAUUGAUUGUAACAGUCCUUCUGUUUCCAUGUCUCAGCAAAGAACUCCUGUGAGACUGCCACAGAUCAAUGAGUCUGUAACACUCUCACUUCAAACACUCUGAUACCUGGCCCCCAUCACAGCAGGCCAUGAGAGGACUGACCAUUCACAAGACAGACACACACACACAAACGAAAACGCAUCCACACACACAGACGGACACAUGCACGGACACACAAGUACAUACACACACACUACACCACUGUGCCAGACUAGGCAGUCCGCUAUGAGAGCUGUGUAUACCCAAUUACCCCAACCCCUAUCUCUCAGUGCCUGCUGGGCCUACACUGGCCCUCACAGUGUAACACUCCAUAGCUUCUCAGUGGGACACUAAUAAAAGCUUCACAGGCCUGGCUGGAGAGAAUGUUACCUACUGGGAGGUCACAGACAGACAGGAG